CAUGGAGGUGUGGCAAGACUUAACUAAAAAUGGCUAAAGCUAAGGAGCUACUGAUUGUUGGAGCUGGUCUGACAGGAUCCCUCACUGCUUCACUUCUCUCUAGAUCCUCUGUACAAGCCAACAUCACUGUCUGGGACAAGGCUCGUGGGUGCGGAGGUCGAUUCACAACAUCCUACUCGGAUAACGACCGAUCAUUACACGUUGACAUGGGUGCACAAUACCUUACACGUUGCCUAGAAACAUCGGAGAAUAAAGUCAAAAAUGACGUCUACAAGGAGCUCCUGGAUGCAUCCAUAUUAACUCCAUUCCAGGGCAUGAUUGAAGGCAGCAAACACAGUCACAAUGACAAGCAUUACGUUGCUCCUAAAGGCAUGAGCUCGAUAUGCAGACACUUUCUCGAUCACUCCAAAGCAAGCGUUCAAUUCAAGCGUUGUCUGAAAUCUGUAAGCAUCAAUGGUGGACGUGUCUUGUGUGCAGCUGAAUCUGGCAUUGAAGAAAUAUUCGAUGGACUUAUACUCACACUGCCAGCACCACAACUGCUGCAACUACAGGGCAAUCUAUUAUCAUCAAGGGCAGCCACAGAUAUUGUUAGUAAUCUCUCCUCUGUCAAGUAUUCGUCUCGCUAUGCUCUAGGAUUAUUCUACAACGCUGAGACUGUUCACUCUUCCCCCGGUAUGUUCGAUAGUCCUUGGUCUGCCAAGUACUGUGAUCACCCAGUCAUUCGAUACAUGUCCUGGGACCAAUUAAAGAGAGGAGCGGAAACACCUGGAGCUACUCUAUUAGUACACACUAGUGUACCGUUUGGCAUCAAGCAAUUGAACACUGACAAGGAUCAAGUGAAGGGUCAACUGCUGGAGAUGGUGGGAGAGAUGAUGCCGGGUCUACCACAAUCGUCCCACUCUUAUCUAUUGCGUUGGAGGUACUCACAGGUACAAGACAAAUUCCCCGGAUUACAUGACUUUGUGGUGAUGUCACAAGACCCGCUAGUUGUGGCGACUGGUGAUUCAUUCUCAGGCUCUAACUUUGAGAACUGCCUUAGAGCAGCUAUGCAUACCUCUGAGUUCAUUGCCCAAUAGGUAUCUUGUAUAACUUUUCUCUUUGAAAUUGUACAAACAAGCCACUCCAUUUAAUUAUCAAAAGACUUUUUAAAACAGUAUGAAA